GCACCGCAGAUGCCUUUUGGAGGAAGGAAUUCGGCAUCGGACCUGAGGUGGCUUUGGUGGUGGUCGCGGCGUAUGGCGGCUCUAAGUCAUUCUGCUCUGGAGGCUCCGGCGGCCCCAGGCCCGGGUACCGCCCGCGCUCCCUGCAGACCCCGGGCCUCUGGCCCGGCUUCCAGCUCCCAGAAUCCUCCCGCUGUUUGUCUCUGCUCAGGGCGACGCACAAGCAGUGACGCCCCCUGCGCAGCACACCCGGUAGGCGGUCAAGGUGACGCAUUCUUCAGGAAGCAAAAGAAUAAGAAGAAAACCUGGAACAGGGCCUCUGUGGCGAAUGGAGGCAGGAAGACCUCAGAAAAGCCUGCCCCGGAGGAAGCCCCCCUGAGCGCUGAGGCCCAGGCGAAGCAGUUGGCCCAGGAACUGGCCUGGUGUGUGGAGCAGCUAGAGUUGGGCCUCAAGACGCAGAAACCCACCCCGAAACAGAAAGAGCAGGCAAUGGGGGCUAUCCGAACUCUGUGCAGCAAAAGAACCCCCCUGCCCCGGAAGAGGCAGUUGAUGCGCUCCUUGUUUGGGGACUAUAGGGCUCAGAUGGAAGCAGAGUGGCAUGAGGCCCUGCGGUCUCUCAGGUCUGCUGCUCAUUCCGCCCAGGUGCAUCCUGUAGAUGAAGCCACCAGAAAGAAGAGUCGAAGGGUCUGCAGGCCUCGCCCUGCAGUGAGAAUCCAGGCCACUGUGGACACUCCUGAUGAAGAGUUUAAGUUCAGUUUCUUUUAGACUCCAAUCUUGGCACAGUUUCCCUCCUGAAGGGUAGUGUGGGGUUUGUCUUGAGUGCAGAACUUUUGUAGGAAUUCUCUCUUGACAAAUGUGAGGCUGUUCUGUCCCUGGUUGGUCUGAGGAUCUGGGGCUACUGGUUAGGUAUGGGACUGUUAGAUAGGCACAGGACCCCAUUUGUAGGAUUUCUGAUGAAAUGUUCCUCCUGCCAGGAGAUCAGUACAUUUAGAAAAUAUUCUACAAUAAAUUGAAGUGUAUGUUUAGUGUGUUAUAAAAAGGGUAUUGUAUUCAGUCUUUAGGUUGGUAGCAAGGAUUAGUGGGGAAACUACAUGAUUGUAUACUGCUCACUUUUGAAAGGAUUCCCUAUACAAUGGGUUAGUGCUUCAUGCUGUUAUGGCAUAUUGCCCUAAUCUCUCUCUCUGUCUCUCUCUUUUUUUUUGAUAAAAAUGGAUAAUGAGUGAAAGAGUGCACUGUUUGUGUUAAAGGAAGUACAGAUUAGGGAGGAGUCUGGCACUUCUGGUCCAGGUUCUCCAGAGCUUGGUCCUUUGUCCAUGUUGCCUUUUUUUAAAAAGACAGUCUCACUUUCUCGCCCUCUGUAGAGGGCUGUGAUGUCACAGCUCUCAGCAACCUCCAACUCUUGGGCUUAGGCAAUUCUCUUGCCUCAGCCUCCUGAGGAGCUGGGACUACAGAUGCCCGCCAGAACACCCAGCUAUUUUUUAGUUGCAGUUUGGCCAGGGCAGGGUUCGAACCCACCACCCUAGGUAUAUGGGGCUGGCACCCUACCCACUGAGCCACAGGUGCUGCCCAGAAGUUUACUUUUUUUUUUUUUUUUUUUUGUAGAGACAGAGUCUCACUUUACCACCCUUGGUAGAGUGCCAUGAUGUCACGGGACUCACAGCAACCUUCAGCUCUCGUGCUUAGGUGAUUCUGUUGCCUCAACCUCCCAAGCAGCUGGGACUACAGGUGCCCGCCACAACGCCCAGCUAUUUUGUUGCAGUUUGGCCGAGGCUGGGUUUGAACCCACCACCCUUGGUAUAUGGGGCCGGCGCCCUAACAGGCGCCGCCCAGAAGUAUACAUUUUUAUUUUAUUUUUAGCUGGCCUAGGUUCGAACCCGCCACCCUUGGUAUAUGAGCCUGGUGCCCUAACCACUGUGCUAUGGGAGCCGAGCCAGUCCAUGUUGCCUUUGUUCCUGAGCAGGUGUCAUUUUCAGUUAACCAUUGUAGCUUCCAUCAGACUACUCUCUGUCCUUGGGAACAGGGAGUCUCUUGCUCUGGAUUGUGCUUUAAUGGACCUCCUAGUAUCUAAAUGUUGGUGGCUCCAGGCAUCAGUCUUAGGUCCUUUGCCCCAUUGAGUUGGGAUCUUCAGGUGACCUGAUCCUCCUCAGCAGCUUGAUCUUAACUAUUGUCUUCCAAACUUGCAUUCCAGACUAGAUGGAUACUUAGAGCCCAACUGCCAUCUCCACAUUAGUGUUUCAUAGGUCUUUCAAACUUAAUUUGUUCAGAACACCUGAUGAGACUCCUAAUCUCCCUUUGUUUUCUGCUUUUUGGUGAAUGGUGUUACUGCCCAUCUACUUGAUUAGAUUAAAACCUGUAUCACCUCUGUUGCCUCCUUUCUCCAACACUGUAUGUCCAAUACUUUAGCUGGUAUGUCAGCUCUGUCUUCAAAAUAAAUCUCAGAUCUUUCACGUGUUCAUUAUCUUUGCUGAUGCUCAUUCUGGUUCUGCCCUCUUACUUGCCUGCUGUGCUAACUUUCUAACAUUAAUCUCCAUUACUGUCUGUUCACUGUCUGUACCCUUCAUGGAUGUUGGAUAACAUUCUCCUGAUCCAGUGACUUCCCUUUGCCCAGAAUACAAUAUGAAGGCUGAUGGGAAGGCCCUACACAGGCCUGCACAUGUCUGCACACCUGACGGCCCCUUUAAUUUGGUCCUCCCUCUGCUCCUAAAGUAACCAGACUCUUACCUUGCUUCGAGUCUUAAAACUUGUCCCUUUCACUCAAAUUGCUGUUUUUCUAGAUAUUAGCAUGACUGGCUUCUGGGAAAGGAACUCUGCUCUGUCAUUCAUCAGUUCAAGGUAACAGGUUCAGAUAAAACAGGAAACAGUUUUUCUUUGCCUUUUUUUUUUCCUUUUUCUUUUUUUGAGGCAGUCUUACUAUGUCACCCUUGGUAGAGUGCCAUGGCAUCACAGCUCACAGCAGCCUCAAACUCUUGGGUUUAAGUAAUUCUCUUGCCUCAGCCUUCCAAGUAGCUUGGACUGCAGGCGCCUGCCACAAUGCUUGGGUAUUU